AUGUCGACUUACAAAGAGGGAAGAGAAUAUGACAUCAUUUUUGCUGGAGGUGGCACUGCUGCUUGCAUAGUCGCUGGUCGCCUGGCGAAAGCAGACCCCAACCUCUCCAUCCUCCUCGUCGAGCACGGCAAGAACAAUCUCGAUGAUCCAAACGUGGUCAACUCCUCCAGAUAUCUCUACCAUCUGGCACCGAACACUCAGACGGCCAUCAUAUACAAGGGAAACAAGACGGAUGACCUCAACGGCCGGGAGCCCAUUGUGACCGCUGGCGGUAUCCUUGGAGGCGGCUCGUCUAUCAAUUUUGCAAUGUACACGCGAGCUUCGGGCGUCGAUUUCGACUCGUGGAAUACUGAAGGCUGGGAUGCGAAGAGCUUGCUACACUACGCAAAGAAGCUGGAGAUGUUCCACCACGAUCACCCUGACAUCGAUCAGGGCGUUCAUGGACAUGAUGGCCCAAUCAAUGUAUCUUUCGGUGCUUACAGCGCCAAAGAUACGCAGGACGACAUCUUAACUGGCGCCGCGGCUGUUGGCCUUCCUGAAGUCGUAGAUUUGCAAGACUUCAAAGCGGCCAACGGCUUUUCUCGAUGGCUUCGAUACAUCUCCCCUGAUGGCAAGCGACAAGAUACUGCGCAUCGCUAUGUCCACCCUCUGAUGGCUUCGGGCGACUACCCCAAUCUGCAUCUUCUCGUCCAGAGCACCGUCACCCGCGUCGUUUUCGAGGGUAACAGAGCCGUUGGCGUGGAAUACCUGCCAAAUGUAGCUUUUCAACCCAUCACCAAUUUGACACGCAGGGAGCCAUCGACUAUCAAAGCGAAAAAGCUCGUCGUAGUCUCUGCGGGAGCCCUUGGAACGCCGCAGAUACUGGAGAGAUCGGGAGUCGGCAAUGCUGAGUUGCUCAAGAAACUGGACAUUCCAGUCGUUGCUGACGUUCCUGGCGUCGGCGAGGAGUACCAGGACCAUAACUUGAUCUUUUACUCGUACAGAACCUCUCUCAAGCCUGACGAGACUCUUGAUGAUUUGCAUCGCGGUCGGCUGGACUUUAACGAGGCUAUGGAGAAGAAGAACCCCAUUGUCACCUGGAAUGGGAUCGACCUGGCGGCAAAGCUUCGUCCAACUGAUGAAGAAGUCGCGCAGUUGGAUCAAGAGUUUCAGGACCACUGGAACCGUGACUUCAAGGAUCAGACUACGAGGCCCUUGAUGCUCUUGGCUGUUGUCAGCACUUUCCUCGGCGAUCACAAGACUCUGCCUGAAGAACAAAACGGACCUUCUCAGUACUUGUCUAUCGGAAUGUACACUGGCUACCCAUAUUCGCGUGGCGACAUCCACAUCACUUCCAAAGAUCCCGACGCGGCACCUUGCUUCAACGCUGGUUUUCUGUCCAGAAGGGUGGACCUGACGAAGCAAAUAUGGGCAUACAAGAAGCAGCGCGAAAUCUUCCGACGCACGAAUCUGAUGACCAGUGAGCUGCCCGUGGGAAGUCCCAAGUUUCGCGAGGGCAGCAAAGCCGCUCUUCGGAAGCAGCCUGAAGUACCGGAUGGCUUCAAGACGCUUGAAGAGAGAAAGGCUCUGCCGCCGAUUGAGUAUGACGAAGAUGAUGAGAAGGCUAUUGAAGAGUACAUCCGAUCGAACAUUGAAACGACCUGGCAUUCUUUGGGAACCUGUAAGAUGGCACCGAGGGAAAAGGGAGGCGUUGUAGAUAAGCAUCUCAACGUGUACGGAACGGUUGGACUCAAGAUAUGUGAUCUCUCAAUUGCACCCGAGAAUGUAGGCGCAAACACAAACAACACGGCGCUUAUUGUCGGAGAAAAGGGAGCAGAUAUUAUAGCAAAAGAGCUGGGGCUUGUUGUAUAA